AUGUGGCAUACUUAAUAUGUGCUGUGAAGCUAUCCCUCAGCAGGUUAAUUUCUUGAUCGAUGAAUCAUUCGACACUGGUAAAGGGGCAAAUCCUGUCAUAAGCAUGGUACAUUUUUAUUUGAAGAAUCAUGGCCUCAACUCAGUCAGUAUCCAUUUCAAUGCUGACAACUGCACAGGGCAAAAUAAAAAUAAUACAGUUAUUCAAUACCUCUUAUGGAGAGUCAUGACAGGACUCAAUGCAUCCAUUUCAAUAUCCUUUCUGCCAGUUGGACACACAAAACUUUCUCCAGACUGGUGCUUCGGACUAUUAAAGCAAAAAUUCCGUAAAGCAGAGGCGGACUCCAUGGAUGACUUCAUUCAAGUUGUAGAACAAUCAUCUGCUGUGAACAAAGCCCAACCAGUAGGAAGUAGCAAUGGUGAACUCAUUGUAGAAACACUUGACUGGUGUAGUUACUUUGCUACAUUAUUCAAGAAAAUAAAAGGCAUCAAAGGCUUUCAACACUUUGUUGUAAAUGCGACCUCACCUGGUGUAGUUGCAGCCAGACAAGCUGUAGAUGGCCCAGUCACACAAUUCAAUUUGCUGAAGGAGGACGCUCAAAUAAUGGAAGAUGAACUACCUAAUAUAUUACCACCAAAGGGUAUGUCAACUGAAAGGAAAUGGUACCUUUACGAAAAGAUAAGAUCGUUUUGCAGAUACAAAUGUAAAGAUGUAACCUGCCCACUUCCUGAUGCACCUCGACCAACAGGAUCAUCUCGACAAUCAACUCCAGGUGUAGAUAAUCCACCAGACCUCGCAAUGGAGAUCGAAGUAUCACAUUCUCCCAGGCAAUCUCUAGAACCACCUGCAACACAAAGAAAAUGUGGUAAUUGUGGUCAAUUUGGUCAUAAUUGA